AUGAGCAAUAAACGCCAGGGGCCAGACAGCUGGGCUUUCGACGUGAGCGACGGAGCUCUCAUCGAUCCAGUGCGAAGGGUCAAUCUUAAUGAGGAAGGCAAUUGGCGCUUUCGAGAGAAAGCAAAUGUCGACCCAGAACAGAGCGGUCGCCUUCUUGGAGGGGUCAUGAUUGGCAAGGUGCCCAAUGAGGUUACCUACGCACAAUUCUCAAGCUCCGAGAGCACGGUCUCGCGGAGCAAUUCGACCUUGAUCGGUUUAUGA